AUGCUCGGCCUUCUGCCGCUGGCUCUCCUUGCUUCUCUUUGCAAAAGUUCAAGAGAUGUGUAUUACAACAAGUUCGGCGUGGGAUGUGAUGGCAAGCAGGAGAAUUGCGCCCAGGAUAGAUGUAUCUUACUAGGAUCAGAUCAAUUGUGCACCCAGUGCGUUCCUGGGUAUGUUCCAAUAGAUGGAAAAUGCCAGAAAUACCCAGGAGCUAGCUCCUCUCCGUGCACUCCGGAUGACCCUGCAUCGCCGACUCGGUGUAUUGCAUGCAAACAGGAAACAAACAUAUUUUUAUUCUAUGGCAGCUGCUAUACAAUUACAACAGCACAGGACAGAAAUCUGGGCAAUUUUUUGUGCUCUGAAGCAUCGAAUGGUGUGUGUACUGAAUGCUUUGAAAGUAAGUUUGAAAGGUAUGUCUUUACCAAUCCAGAUGUGGGUGCAGUUGAGAAGUGCAUUCUGUGCUCCGAUACGGUCGGGUUCAAUGGGUACAAGGGCGCCUCUGGGUGCUCAGACUGCCUUCCCCCCAUCACUGAUAAAAUAGGCAUCGCUCUGUGUGUUAGGUGUCACUAUACUACCGAGGAUAGACAUUUUUAUCCGAUUGACUAUCAAUGCCAAGCCAAAGGGCCUCACAAUUGCGUCAAUGGUUACUGCACGUCAUGCUACAAGACACAUUUACUUUAUAAGCUUGGAUGUUAUAGUCGGCACAGUUCAACCGGACUUGCCAUCUGUGUAGAAGCCAACCAGUACGAACUAGAUAAUGUUACUAUCUGCAAAGAGUGCGCAAAUGCAUCAUACGCACCCAGGAACGGAGCAUGCAUUCUUAUCAAGGAAAAUCCAUCUAUUGAAGAGAUCGCUUUUAAGUGCACAAAGGAUCCAACUAAGGGACUAUACACGGCCUGUCCCGCUUCUGCGAAGUCCUUCCUCUUCUACGGCGGCUGCUACGACGAGGACGCCCAUAUUAGCUCAAGACUCUGUUCAAGAAUUGGAUCAAAUGCCUGUGAACAAUGGAAUAGUGCUUUCAAAUGGAUCUUCUCUAAGAAUGGCGAUAACAAUAAAAAUGGAUAUCUGUGUGGCGAUAUUACAAACGGUGGCAUCUCUGGCUGUGCUACGUGUAACUAUGCCAGCGGUGCUGUCACUUGCACGCGGUGCUCGGCAGGGUACCUAGGAGUGGACGGGAAGUCCUGCAGUGAAAGCUGCAGCGGAGACACCCAAGGAGCAUGCACAGAGAUAGUAGAAAAGAGUAGCUCAACCAAGAUACUGUCGUGCCGGUGCAUCUGCAGGAUGGGCCUCUACAACAGCUCCGGAACCUGCACACCAUGUACGGACUCGUGCGCUGUCUGCAAGGAUGGCACACUAACCGGCUGCCAGCAGUGCAGCCCUGGCAAGAUCCUAAGCUUCUCGAUCGCCUCCAGCGAGAGUGCAGACUGCGUUAGCCAGUGUUCUGUUGGUAGUGAGUGUGCAGAGUGCGGCAUCACCAUCGACGGCAGCAGGUACUGCACGCGCUGCAAGGACGCAAGCACGUAUCCGUUCAACGGGGUGUGUAUUCUGAACACACAAAGGGACGCGUACUGCACCAGCAAGGCGAACGGUGUCUGUACCACCUGUUCCUCUAGUGCCUUCCUGAUGAACGGGGGCUGCUACACAAAGGCACACUAUCCAGGAAGCACUAUUUGUGAUAAGCAGUCAAACGGAAAGUGCACAACGACCAAGAAGGGGUACGGGAUAUCGCCCGAUGGAAAGCUGCUGGAGUGCGAUCCGACAUGUCUGGCGUGCACCGCCCCUGGCCCCGGCCGCUGCACCAGGUGCCCCUCUGACAAGCUCCUGAAGAGGGCCUCGGGUGCCACCACCGGAAGCUGCGUCGACCCCGGCGCCUGUGUGGACGGGUACUACGCAGACGGAGACGCGUGCCUGCCCUGCGCCACUCCGGGGUGCAAGGCCUGCGGGCAUGCCUCCUUCUGCACAGAGUGCGCGGGGGAGCUCUUCGUGAGCCUGGACGGGCAGUCGUGCCUGGAGGAGUGCACCGGGGACAAGGUGGUGGGAGAGGUGCCCGGCGGCGUGCGGAGGUGCUGGUGCGAGCGGGGCUUCCUACCGGCACUGGACAGAUCCGAGUGUGUGCUCCCAAUCGAGUGUCCUCCUGACAUGCCGUCGUGUGCUGCCUGCAAUGAGUCGGGUAACUGCCUCUCGUGUGUCACUUCGGGCCACAACGUCCAAGUAGACCAGCGGACGUGUGCAGAGGGGUGCGGUGCCAGGGCCUCAUCGAACCAGGGGGUGUGCAUGUGCGAGUUCGACGCGGUUCUCACGAAGGACAUCUGUGUCUCAGCCAAGGAGCUGGCCAAGAAGAGAACGGCGGCGAUCGCAGGAGGGACGGUGGCCGGGGUCAUUGUGAUUGGGAGCCUGGUUGGCUUCCUGUGCUGGUAG